AUGGAUCCCGCGACAGAGAUCGACGUCAAUGGAGCCAUCCGCGAGUACCUGUUGUUUGCGGACUAUCGAUCGACCCUGGCGUCCUUCGACUUGGAGUGCACUCGCAAAGGCCGAUCGCCCCAGAAUCCCGGUCUCCAUGAUCAUAGCCACCGCGAGCGGAUGGACCAGAUUCAGGAAGACGUGGAUCGAUUCAUGAUCUUUUUCCACGAGGGCAACCGAGCCGAUUUUUUCCAAAGCUGGAACCAGGCGUUUGACUCUGAGACGCAGCUCUCCGACCCAACCUUCCAAAAGCUCGAGUUCAACCUGCAUGUGUAUUUUGCCGUCUUUGCCAUCCAUCCUUUUGUGGGUCCGACCCAUGCAAGAUCCGUCGACUUGGCGGUCGAAAUGGAUGCCUUCAAGGGCUUCCUCGAGAACCGCGGCCGCGAGCUCUGCAAGACCCCGCAGUUUCUACCCUUCUACGCUCUGCCAUAUGUCGUCAGUCCCAAAGAUCAUCCGUCCUUCAGCGACAUAUUCGACCAAACCUGGACACAGAAUCUGCAGGAGCGACUGAGGCACUUUCUCGAAGGCGCUCUGAGAUCCCACCAACGCCCUCGGCUCCUGACCCUGGUUGCCAUGGGCGAUACCGGGAUUGGAAAGAAAGAUUACUACCAGGAGUGCCGAGUCCUCCGGCAAAAGAACCAGGCUCUGGUUGAUCGCGAGCAGUUUCUUGUCAUCAAGCACCGGGGUCUCCAGGGCGACUACCACAAUCUCAUCUCGAUUGCCUCCGAGCUCGUCCAAACCCUAGCUUCAUGUAUCAACGGAGAGCAGAUCACGGCUGCAUAUCUUGCCAAUAUUUGUGCGCGAUUGAACUCCUUCAAGGCUGAUGGAACCACACGGCAGCUCGAGCAAUCCGGCACCAAUCCUGCCAAGAUGAAGGAGCUACAAGAAAGGGAGACAGCUGGAUCGAUGGAGAUGCUGCUCCAGCAGCUGAACUACAAGCUCUUGCUCGAGGACUUGGAUUUGGGGAGCCAGCGAAUGCCCGCCAGAGACAAGGCGCUGCUUAUACAGGCCGUGCGGAUGUUGUUCAUGAAGCACAUCAAGAGCCAUACAUCCGCCCGGAUUCUGAGCGCUCUCAUUUCACGCGACUUUCUCAGCAUCCGCUCCAACCAAGGUGUCCUGCCGAACCUCGCCGGCACACCGCCGUUGGUGCUCAAUCAGCUAUCAAAGCUGCUCAACGUGGUGGCGUCGCACUAUUCUGGUCGAGAGUAUCUUCUUGGACAAGGACAAGAGGGCCGGGACAAUCCAAUGGUCUGCUCCCUGGUCGAGCUGCUGCAACAAGAGGAGCGUGACACGGCGACCCGGCAGAAUCUGCUCGGGACAUUGCAAAAGCUCAGUCUAAGACGCUGUGCACAAUCCACGAUGAACAACCUCAAUGUCGUCUUGUAUCUACACGACAUGCUCGAGGACCUGGAGAAUCUGUCCGAGUAUAGCAUCGAAUACGGCACGGCGCUGCUGAUGAACCUGUGCAAGGAGCAAUGGUCCAAGCAUCUGCUCUACUUUGCCGUCAAGACAUACGUCAACGGCGCACUAUUCAGCAUCCUAGCCGAACCAGCGAUCCGCGAACAUGCCCGGGCCAUGGGAAUGGGCCAUAUGCUCGAGUACAUGAAAGGCUCGCUGGAUGAGCAGCUCGUCAAGCAGGUCGAUUUCAUCAUCGACCAACUCAACUCUGAGGAGCAGGGUGAAUCCAGUGCCGAUGCCGUCUCUGAGGACGGAGAGGAAGACGACUUUGAAGAAGAGGAUCUGGACGACGAGUUCGAAGAAAGCUUCGAGGCAGAUGAUGCCAACGUGCUGGCAGCGCAGCCGAACGAGCUGUGCCCGACCAUCGUCGGUAGUCGAUCGCCCAGUGUCUCGACCGGGAUCAAGGGAAAUGGACGAUCAUUUGAGACGGUCUACCAACGAGCGACUCAAAGGCGGUCGGUGACGCCCUUCUCUCGUCCUGUGACGCCCUCGAGGGAGCGCUAUGGACCCAAGGAAGAGCUGAUGCGCGAGUCCAUCAAGCCCGCCGCUCGCAAGAUGGAUCCAUCAUCGCUCCGACCAAUACAGAGCCCGAUUCCAACGACGGAGCCACCGCCGUUGCCAGCUGCACUAGAGAAGGCGCUGCCGCAGAUCACCCCGGCCUUUACACGGAAGGGCAAGCCCAUGGAAGAUAUGUCUGCGAGGGAGGUGCAGGAAUUCCAGACUGCGUUUGGCACUCGCCCCAAGAUCCCUCGGACGCCGCUGACGACCUCAAUGAACUCGGUCACCGAGCAGCAGUGAGCAGCCGCACAGGACAGCGCCAGAGCUGCCGCUUUGGCUCCGGCGCGCAAUGAAUACAGGCAGCCAUCAUUGGCGUGCGUGGGAAGCAGUAGAGCCGGUGGCAUAUUGCGCGCCGCGGAUUGGCCAAAGACAUGUCUUCGCGCAGCAGGCCGCUGACGAAGAGAAUAGCGACGACGAUCAGAACGUGGGUAACAGCAGCAGCCUGCAGGCCACGCCAACAUGUGCAGGGCGGCGAUGGCGGAGAGGGGGAGCCGCGGACAGUGGCUCAACUGUGCUUGUACCUCAGAGCUUGGCCUUGGACUCGGAAUUCACAUGAAUUC